UCUUCCUGCUGAUCACCGGCUUGAUAGCCAGGCAUGCACUCUGUGUCACACAAGCAGCGAGCAGCACAGCCCUCAGUCACAUCUCAAGAGACCCGAAGUUGGUUGUCAGUCCCAACAAAUCUCACUUGUGCUCGCUUAAUGUCCGUCGUUCCAGCAUAGCCACGGAACUGCCAAGGGAAAAGCUACGUUUUGACACAUCGGAGCGAGCAGGAUGGAGUGGCAACCAGAUGAACAAGGUCUGCAGCAAGUGCUCCAGCUACUCAAGGACUCCCAGUCUCCAGACACAGCCACACAGAGAGCUGUGCAAGAAAAAUUGGAGCAACUUAACCAAUUUCCAGAUUUCAACAACUAUCUCAUCUUUGUCCUGACAAGCCUCAAAUCUGAGGACGAGCCCACUCGAUCUCUCAGUGGCCUGAUACUGAAGAACAAUGUAAAGGCUCACUACCAGAACUUCCCUCCCAAUGUGGCUGACUUUAUCAAACGAGAAUGCCUCAACAACAUCGGAGACCCUUCGCCCCUUAUCAGAGCUACAAUUGGUAUCCUGAUCACUACCAUUGCCUCCAAAGGCGAGCUGCAGACCUGGCCUGAACUGUUGCCGCAGCUGUGCAAUUUACUGAACUCGGAGGACUACAACACUUGUGAGGGGUCUUUCGGAGCUUUGCAGAAGAUCUGUGAAGACUCGUCAGAGUUGUUGGAGAGUGAUGCACUGAACAGGCCACUCAACAUCAUGAUUCCCAAGUUCCUGCAGUUUUUUAAGCACUGCAGCCCAAAGAUCAGGUCCCACGCUAUUGCAUGCGUGAACCAGUUCAUAAUUGGUCGAGCUCAGGCUCUGAUGGAUAUUAUUGACACUUUCAUUGAGAGUCUCUUUGCACUGGCAGGUGAUGAGGACAGUGAGGUGCGCAAGAAUGUCUGCCGGGCCCUAGUAAUGCUGCUGGAAGUCCGCAUUGACCGCCUCAUCCCGCACAUGCACAGCAUCAUCCAGUACAUGCUGCAGCGGACCCAAGACCCAGAUGAGAAUGUGGCUUUGGAGGCCUGUGAGUUCUGGCUGACUUUGGCUGAACAGCCCAUCUGUAAAGAGGCCCUGUCUGGCCACUUGCUCCAACUCAUCCCAAUAUUGGUGAAUGGGAUGAAAUACUCUGAGAUUGAUAUAAUUCUUCUUAAGGGUGACGUAGAGGAGGAUGAAGCAGUUCCAGACAGCGAGCAAGACAUCAAACCUCGCUUCCACAAGUCCCGCACGGUCACUCUGCAGCACGAAGGAGGGGAUGGGGAGGAGGGCGAGGAUAUUGACGAUGAUGAUGACGAUGAUGACGAUACUCUGUCUGACUGGAACCUACGGAAAUGUUCUGCUGCGGCGCUGGAUGUUCUAGCCAAUGUGUUUCGAGAGGAGCUGCUUCCUCAUCUCCUUCCCCUGCUGAAAGGCCUGCUCUUCCACCCGGACUGGGUCAUCAAAGAGUCUGGUAUCCUGGUCUUGGGGGCCAUAGCUGAGGGAUGCAUGCAGGGUAUGGUACCUUACUUGCCUGAGCUCAUCCCCCACCUCAUCCAGUGUCUAUGUGACAAAAAGGCCCUCGUUCGUUCCAUCGCCUGCUGGACCCUCAGCCGUUACGCUCAUUGGGUGGUCAGCCAGCCCCCGGACGCACACCUGAAGCCUCUUAUGACAGAGCUUCUCAAACGGAUCCUGGAUGGCAACAAGAGGGUACAGGAAGCAGCCUGCAGUGCUUUUGCCACCCUGGAGGAAGAGGCGUGCACAGAGUUGGUACCUUACUUAAGCUUCAUCUUGGACACGUUGGUGUUUGCUUUUGGGAAGUACCAGCACAAGAACCUGCUCAUCCUUUAUGAUGCCAUAGGAACACUGGCAGACUCUGUGGGACACCAUCUGAACCAGCCUGAGUACAUCCAGAAGUUGAUGCCUCCGCUGAUCUCAAAGUGGAAUGAGUUGAAGGAUGAAGAUAAAGAUCUAUUCCCAUUGCUUGAAUGUCUGUCAUCUGUAGCUACAGCUCUGCAGAGUGGCUUCCUCCCCUACUGUGAGCCCGUCUACCAGCGUUGUGUCACUCUUGUCCAGAAGACUCUGGCACAAGCCAUGAUGUACAGUCAGCAGCCAGAUCAGUAUGAGGCACCUGACAAAGACUUCAUGAUCGUGGCUCUGGAUCUCCUGAGCGGCCUGGCUGAGGGACUGGGCGGUCAUGUGGACACGCUUGUAUCUCGCAGCAACAUCAUGACUCUGCUCUUCCAGUGCAUGCAGGAUACAAUGCCCGAAGUAAGACAGAGUUCUUUUGCCCUACUCGGUGACUUGACCAAGGCUUGCUUCCCUCAUGUCAAACCAUGCAUUGCUGAAUUCAUGCCUAUUUUAGGAACCAAUCUGAACCCAGAGUUCAUCUCUGUCUGCAACAAUGCGACCUGGGCCAUCGGAGAGAUCUGUAUGCAGAUGGGUGUAGAGAUGCAACCGUACAUUGCUAUGGUCCUGAGCCAGUUGGUUGAAAUCAUAAAUCGACCAAACACCCCUAAGACCCUACUGGAGAACACAGCAAUCACCAUUGGACGACUUGGCUACGUGUGUCCCCAGGAAGUCGCACCCAUGCUGCCACAGUUUAUCCGACCUUGGUGUACAUCACUGCGCAACAUUCGAGACAACGAGGAGAAAGACUCUGCGUUCCGUGGGAUUUGCAUGAUGAUUGGCGUGAACCCUGGCGGUGUAGUGCAGGACUUCAUCUUCUUCUGUGACGCAGUCGCUUCUUGGGUGAACCCCAAAGAUGAUCUGAGAGAUAUGUUCUACAAGAUCUUGCAUGGUUUCAAGGAGCAGGUUGGAGAGGAGAACUGGCAGCAGUUCUCAGAGCAGUUCCCCCCCCUGCUAAAGGAACGACUGGCAGCCUGCUAUGGUGUUUAAAGCCUCCACAUGCAUCCAAGAGGCGAGCCAGCAGGAGGAGGGUGAUUGGGAAACUCAUCCAUCUGUGUAUUGCACUGCCCUGAUCUGGGGGGAGGGAGAGGGACGCUAUUAGCCGCUCCCCCGCAUGGACGGCCCCCACGCCCUUAUGUGUUUGUCCAUAGAGGG